UCGUGUCGUGUCGACGGAUACAACAUGACUGUUGCAACCCAUACCCGCCCUGGCAACCCUCGCAUAGCGCGGGGAUCGCUAAUCGACAGGACGUCCGUGCGCGGCGCUCGUCGAAGUUGCCACGCCGCGCGACAUGAAAGCAGCCCGCACAGCUUGCGAUUCGAUCACCCGACACAGCGGUGCGCCGUGCGUGUUCGCGGCAUUCUGUACCGCCCAGCCAAGUCGCCCAAAGGCAGCCAUAUCCCGCCUCGCCGACGUCGCGGAACGUCGCCGUUUGCCACUACGCGGGAACCCAAGACUCUCAAAAUGCUACAUAUUAGCCCGCUCGACACGGUUUCGUUCACCGGGAGUGGCGCGGCGCGACAUAUGUUGUCGCAGGGAAUAUGGGUCGAUCACCACCUAUGGCCCUCUAGCACCUCUCGUCAGCAACAGGACACCGGGCAGACACCGACGUGCACGCUUCAAGACGUGCAACAACCAGUCGGCACCGUCUCAAUGCCGGGCCACCAACAAAUUACGCGUAGCCCCCGCGCAACUCAGUCAUGAUGCGCCGCACGCACACACCCCCUGCUACUGCCCGACAACACGUCCCGUGAGCGUUACGUCGUAAUGUUCCCUUCGUCGCGCGCGCGCGUUCGGCGGACACAGUCCGACAGCACGCGGGAACGGGGCCGAAGCGAGGACGAGGCACGCAGUGGGCAGUUGACUGGAGACGUGGACGGAGCGAGACCGCACGGUAAGUA